AUGUCUUUUGAUUGUAUGCUUAAAUAUACUGAAGCUCAAUUAGAGCUUUUGUCUGAUUAUGAUCAAUUAUUAAUGAUGGAAGCUGGAGUCCGUGGUGGACUUACACAAGCGAGCAUGCGAUAUGCUCAGGCGAACAAUAGCAAGGUUCCAGACUACGAUCCCUCAAAGCUUAACUCAUGGAUCGCAUACUUGGACGCAACAACUCUUUACGGCUGGGCAAUGAGUCAAUUUUUACCAAAGGAUGGGUUUUCAUGGUAUGAAGGAGAUCUAAGCGUUAAAAACAUUUUAAAAUUGUUGGAAAAUUCAAACGAUACGUCAGAGAUUGGAUAUUCGUUAGAAGUCGACCUUGCAUAUCCUAAAUCAUUACAUGACGCGCAUAAUGAUUUACCUUACCUUCCAGAGAGGAUAAUCCCUCCUGGAUCAAAAAUAAAAAAACUCGUUGCCAAUUUGAACCCUAAAAAACACUACGUUGUGCAUUACAUGUCAUUAAAACAAGCUCUGAAAGCGGGUUUAAUAUUGGAAAAGGUACAUAGAGUUUUUAAAUUCAAUCAAUCAGCAUGGCUCUCAAAGUAUAUUGAAUUGAACACCAAUAUGAGGAAGAACGCAAGGAAUGAUUUCGAAAGAGAGUUCUUCAAGUUAAUGAACAAUGCAGUCUUUGGCAAGACGAUGGAAAAUGUUCGUAAUAGAUUAAAAAUGCAAUUGGUGUCUGAUGAUAAGACGUGUGCAAAAUUAAUCAACCGAAAUACUUUUAGAGAUAUUACAAUUUAUAGUCAAAACCUGACGGCAAUACAUUUAGACAUGGAUGAAUUGAAAUUUGAUAAGCCAAUAUAUGUAGGGUUUUCGAUUUUGGACAUAUCAAAGACGUUAAUUUAUGAUUUUCACUACAACUAUAUGAUUAGGAUUUAUGGUUCAAACAUUGAAUUGAUGUAUACGGAUACAGAUUCAUUGAUAUAUUACAUAAAGACAGCAGAUUUCUACGCUGAUUUAUUAAACAAGCCCAAUCUUUUAAAACGGAUGGAUACUUCGAAUUUACCAAUCGACCAUCCAUUAUGUGAAUUUAUAGCUUUGAAAGCUAAGUCAUAUUCUUUCAAGAUUGUUGGUGAGAAUGACAUAAUCAAAGCCAAAGGUAUCCGACAACCUGUAGUGAAGUAUCAUAUGACGUUUGAGGAUCAUAAAAAAUGUUUGUUUUGGAGUGGUACACCGGAUGAUGAGGAUAAAGCACGAAAAUUAGCAGUUAUGCAAUCUAAACAGUUUAAAUUAACAGGAAUCACUGCAACAUCAAAUCAAUAUACACCAUUUAGAGUAAAUACAUCGCUUAGAUCUUAUAAACAUGAAAUAAAAACUAUCUCAUCAGUAAAGCUUGCUCUUAACCGCAGUGAUGAUAAAAGGGUUGUGCUUGAGAAUCAAAUUAAUACCUUGGCUCAUGGCCACUUUCGUAUAGAGGAAGCUAAAGAACUUGAUCGUUUAGAAGCAGAGUUGGUCGAAAUGAUGGAGGAUAGCGGAUAUUAA